UUCUCUAAUCUUUUGCAUUUGUCUCAUAUUCUACAUUUAGUCUGAAAUGUAAGUUAUAUCUUUCGCAUUCAAUCUUUUAUAACAUUGUUAUUUUUGUGCUUCAUAUGGAUUUGAAAAGCUUUUGGGUUGCUCAUGAGAUGUUUUGCCUUUUGUUCUUCGUGCUUAUGGCGCACACCGCUUAUGGAGACGUGAGCUAUUCUUUUCCGGAGGAGAUGAAACGCGGAUCUGUGAUUGGAAAUAUAGCAAAAGAUCUCGGGCUUGAUGUGAACAGACUAUCACCUCGUAAGGCUCGAAUUCCUACUGAAGGAAACAGAAAACGAUACUGUGAUGUUAAUCUGAAUACUGGAGAACUGACAGUAGCGGAGAGGAUCGACAGAGAAAGUCUUUGUGGAAAGAAAUCUUCAUGCGUUAUAAAACAGGAGCUCGUGCUGGAAAAUCCUUUGGAGCUGCAUCGCUUCAUUCUCAACAUUGAGGAUAUAAAUGAUAAUUCACCACAGUUCACAGAUAGUGUUAUUAAAUUCGAAAUAAGGGAAUCAGCAGUCAAAGGAUCUCGUUAUUUAUUAGAUGAGGCCCACGAUGCGGAUAUUGGUGUGAAUUCAGUGCAGUCAUAUACAUUACAAAACAAUGAACACUUUAUUUUAAGUGUCCUUACGGGGUCAAAUGGAAGAAAAUAUGGAGAGCUCGAGCUCAAUAAAGAGUUGGAUCGUGAGCAGCAAAAAGAGGUGUCUUUAAUUCUCACUGCGGUUGAUGGUGGGACUCCACCGAGAUCAGGUACUGUAGCCAUACACGUCACUGUACUGGAUGCUAAUGAUAAUGCUCCAGUCUUUAGUCAGGCCGUCUAUAAAGUCAGUCUGCCUGAAAAUUCUCCUGUACAUACUGUAGUGGUUACUGUGAGUGCUACUGAUGCUGACGAGGGACAAAAUGGAGAGGUGACAUAUGCUUUUGGCCAUUUAUCAGAAAGCUUGCGUGAAUUAUUUUCUCUUGAUGCAGUGUCUGGUGAGAUUAAAUUUACAGGACUCAUUGAUUAUGAGGAGGAGAAUUCAAUCGAACUGCCAAUUCAAGCUAAAGAUGGUCAAGGGCUAGCAGGUCGGUCCAAUGUAGUAAUCGAUGUUAUUGAUAUAAAUGAUAACGCUCCUGUCAUUAUCACUUAAUUCCAUGAACACCCCGAUUCCCGAGAAUGCGUCACCCGGUACAGAGGUUGGCAUCAUUAAUGUGCAGGACAGAGACUCUGAGAAUAACGGACAGGUGCGCUGCUCCAUUCAGCAAAACGUCCCAUUUAAACUCGUAGCUUCAAUCAAAAAUUACUAUUCUCUGGUGACCACAGGUGAAUUAGACCGCGAG